GUUGAGUCAGCGGGGGCUUUCUCUCGUUCUCACGGAAAACACCGGUCGGUCGUACGUCACGCUUAACCUGCAGCCCCUGCAGCGUGCAGCGUAUCUCGCUCACACACAGACACGCACACCCAAAUGCGCGCAGGGGGAGAGGCGGCGCGGGACGCGUAUCGUCCGCUUGCAGCGUGACAUUUUGCACCUUCUUUCCACCGCACCAUGCGAGCAAAAGGCGGCGCACCCGGGAUCGCGGGGUUGACGCUGCUUUGCGUUGUCUGGCGUGACCGCAUCUACUUGGUGGCUGUUUUUUUCUUCUCCGUCUGACGCUUCUGGACAAACAUCUGUUUUAAAUUCCUCAAUAAGACCACUGCUCUUAAUUUGGCAGCCGUCCGGCUGAGCUCCCGGAUCCUUCCUCCUCAGUAUUCUGCUGCUGUCCGUGGCAAAGUUCCCCACGGCGCACACAAAAGAGACGGAGACGGUUGAGGAGACAAAGAAGAAGGCCCAGAGCGCGAUUGACAGCGAAAGGUUGAGUCACACAGCUGUUUGUGGUAGGAACUUCCUGCCUUGGCUAUCCUAACGCUCUUCCGUUACUUCGCACCAGUGCGAUUUGGCAGGCAGCUAUUUUGUCUAAAAACAAGUAAAGCGGCAGAGUCUGUGGGAUGAAAGUGCAAAGACAGAAAAAAAGAGCAAGAAACAACCAUGCUGAAACAUGACCAGAUGGUCUACAUUGGCCUGGAGCUGGUGAUUGCCUUCCUGUCGGUGGCUGGGAACGUCCUGGUCUGCUGGGCCGUCUGCCUCAACUCCAACCUGCAGAGCAUCACCAACUUCUUUGUGGUGUCACUGGCGGUGGCUGACAUUGCUGUCGGGCUGCUGGCGAUUCCAUUUGCUAUCACCAUUAGUACCGGCUUCUGUGCCGACUUCUUUGGCUGCCUGUUCAUUGCUUGCUUCGUCCUCAUACUCACCCAGAGCUCCAUCUUCAGCCUGCUGGCCAUCGCUGUGGAUCGCUACAUCGCGAUCAAGGACCCGCUCAGGUACAACAGCCUGGUGACGGGCCAGAGGGCAAAGUGUGUCAUCACAUUGUGCUGGGUUCUCUCAGUGGGCAUCGGCCUGACACCGAUGCUGGGCUGGAACAGAGGUUGGAACAGUACCGCUGCGGUCGGCAGCAAAAUCUGCCCUGAAGGCUUGACAGAGUGCCUGUUUGAAGAAGUGGUUACGAUGGACUACAUGGUCUAUUUCAAUUUUUUCGGCUGCGUGCUAGUUCCCUUAGCGAUAAUGCUGGUCAUCUACACCAAUAUCUUCAUGGCCGCUCGGCGCCAGCUCCGGCUGAUGGGGUCAAAAGUUGUCCACGCCCCUUCUCCUGGAGAAAUGGCCUCAGCCCGUUCCCCUCGAUCAACCCUGCAGAAGGAGGUGCACGCUGCCAAAUCGCUGGCAAUCAUUGUGGGUUUGUUUGCCAUGUGUUGGCUUCCGCUGCACAUCAUAAACUGCUUCAACUACCUGUGUCGCAACUGCGGCCGUGCACAUAUAUGGGUGAUGAACAUUGCCAUCAUCCUCUCCCAUGCAAACUCUGUUGUGAAUCCCUUCAUCUACGCUUUUCACAUGCUGGAGUUCAGGGAGACCUUUUGGAGAAUUCUGUACCAGCGGAUCCUCCGGCAGAGGGAUGGACACGGUUUUGGGGUUAGGAGUCGACACGGCCAAGGUGUUGGGAGCAGCAGCAACAUUCAGACUUCUCCUCGUACCAGUAAUGAGGAUUCAUCGAGUGGCACGGUCGUGGACAGCUACGUCCUGCAUGCCAGUCCCUUACCAACUCCACCAAAGGUGGCUCACGAGCCCGCUAGUCAAUGGACAUCAGCGUUAGACGCUGCACCGAGCAGCUACAUACCCAACGGACACCAGGAAAAGAGCAGCGCCCUGCCUGCAAUGCUGCAGCAACAUCAUCCAUGCAUCUUGGGCUUUGCUCCUCAGGAUGGAGUUGAGUCAGUCUCAGAUGGGAAGAGAGAAAUGGACGUUGUGGAAGUGAAAGACAGUGGAAGCUGCGUCGCUUUUGUGAAUGUUUCAGGGAUCUCUCCCUAAAACAGGCCGACUGUCCAGACCUCACAGAAGUGAGCUCAUGACGAAGAUAUUUAGUUAUUUAAGAAAAUGUCUUGUAUUCCUGUAAAACAUUUGAUAGGCUGCAAACAUGACGCAUGAAGAAGGAUUCAUGAAGCUUCUCUCUGUUCUCUCUGAAGUCACAUGAACUAGUUACAGGCAAUAUUUUUUAUCGAAAAUGUAAUCAUUUUUCCAAGAUAAAUGUGCUCUGUUGAGGUUGCAUGCCUUUUUAACUAUGUUCAUUUUUGAAGACGAUGCUUUAUUAAUCAUUCAUUUUGACAGGCAUUUUUCAAGAGUCAUAUCAAUUCUUGAAGUUUUUGAUAAUGUGAUAGAAAUUUAUACUGUUUUCACUAACUAGAGAAUUUAAUGUUUUGAAUAUGUAUCUUUCCCUGAGGUCAUCAGCUGACACCUUCUUCUUCAGAACUACCAUGAUCCACUUUCCUCCUGAAAGCCGUAAUUAAUGGUUUGAAAAGCAUAAACCACAGUACUCACAGACAACUUGUGGAGAACAAUGUGUGAAGUCGACAUCUGUGCUCUUAUGUACAGAUCUGUUAAAAAGUAUCUUCUUAAAGUCCCGGAUAGCUACUUAACGUUUGAUAUUGCAAGUUUGAUGACUGAUUUGAUAACUGCCAGGCAACACAUGUCCGUUGGUUCAACGACUAUGGGGCACAUGCGUCAAAGGCACACAAUAUAUACAAGUGAGCUACCAACCGACAGAAACAAAGAGCUUGUUUGACCUAUUCAAAUAUUAUGCCGCUAGUGUGGCCAGUUUCAGAGUCGUUCUUGCACAAAUAGACAGCAUCCAAAACCCACGUACAGCACACACACACGCAAAGUACAUACACAUGGCCGCAGACUACUCAGUAAGAUGUGUUUACAGAGUGGCCUGGCUGCUGACGCCAGUCAAUGAACCUAAUGCAAUGGAAAUCAAAUGAAGGAUCAUUUGGCGAUGUCUUUUAUUAUGCCAUUAUGUUUUCGCUUUCCUCAUUAAAAAGCCCUUCCAUUGUGGGAAAGGCCACAUUAAGCGAUAUUUACGUGCCCUGAGGUAAAACGGAGAGACGUGACUAAAGAAAUAAAGAUAUGAGGGCAUGUAUCUCGCUUGUUUAUUGUAUGUUUAUUGAAUGCAUAUUAGUGGUGCGAAAUAUAUAUUGCGGCCAAGCCCUGGGAUAUUCAAAUCAAUGAAGCUAUUUCAUGUUACUACUUUGUUUUUCUUGGUGCUAUUUUGACUAUUGUGAGCUAAAGGUUAUGAAAAUGAUGUGGUAAUUUGUUAUUCCACUUUGAGAAUACAUUUCAAUAUAAUAAAAGAAACAAAACCCCAAAAUAAACAAAGGACUGUUGAAGUUUUAUGCCAUAGCAGCCGCCAGAUCUACCUGACAGCCAAGGCUCCAGCCUGAUGCAUGAGUGUGCGGUGUGCAUAUGGGAAACAAUGCAGCGGUUGUCUUUAUAGCAAUAAUAAAUGAAUAUAUAUGGAAGUAUGGCAUUGGCAUGCAAAAUGUAUGUAAAACUGUUCUUUAAGUACAUGAAAAUUAGCUGAAUAAUACAAUAACAUAACACAGUUGCUUAGAGGCAAAAGUAUUAUUUGUUUAGGGAUUCUCUUUGCGUCCUCUCUCAGGCAAAUGCAGUGAUAUACUGACAUAAAUAAAGGAUUUGCCGAUUUUUAUCUUGUUCAUAAGCUUUGCUUCAGUGAGAGAGCAUGCUUGGGAAAAUAAAGAGAAUCAAAUGCAA